AUGACGGAAUCUAAGGAAAUGCCCAUGGUGGUCACUGGCGAUCCACCUUAUGAGGGGAAAGUUAUAUUAUACGUUGUCAAAGCCGAUCAGACAUCCUACAUCAAUUAUAUCAAACCGCUUAUCAUGGCCCGGGAGCUCAACAUUCCACACGUCAUAUCUGUGAUCGAUACAACCCAAGAGUGGUUUUAUCGCGUACAUCCAGAGCGUUACGUCCCAGCGCUAAGGGACCAAGGUCCGGACAACGGAGAAGAAAUUACUGUAUUUGAGGGAACAGCAUGCUUAGAGUACUUGGCAUCGCGGUUUGAUGCUGCAGGCACAUGGACGGGGAGAACGUAUUCCGAGAAAGCCGCAGUCUUUUCAUGGACGGCUUAUCAAACAGCAGGACUUGGCCCAACUGCCAAGUAUUGGCUGUACUUUCUCAAGGGUUACCCUAGCAGGGCCGAACCUGUCCAACUGCCUCGCACUAUCGAAAAACUGCAUUCAAACUGCCUUCGGCAAUGGGAUAUAUUGAACGAGCGACUGGCCCACCCAGGUCAGGAUUACAUCGCACUCAGGGAUCGGCCCACUUUGGCAGACCUGUCGUACUUGCCAUUCGCCAUGCCCUGGAUGUUCACGUUCCUCGGGGUCAAGAUUGAGGAUUGGCCAUCUAUCAAGGAAUGGAGUGACAGAAUGUUAAGUCGACCAGCUGUAGACGAAGUUAUGCAGAUGGCUCCUACUAUAGGCCACUGGAUAUGUUGA